AUUUCGCCCCACGUGCAAAAAUAACAACAUGGCGGAUCAGGUUGAAGAAAGUAGCUCUUUUCAUGAAAUGGGUUUAGACGAUCGAUUGGUCAAGGCGAUUGCCAAGCUAAAUUGGUCACAACCUUCACUGAUCCAGGAGAAGGCCAUCCCUUUGGCCUUGGAAGGCAAGGAUAUUUUAGCGAGAGCCAUGACCGGGUCAGGAAAAACGGCAGCAUAUGCAAUACCAGUUAUACAGAGAAUCCUACAAGAUAAACAGGCAAAUUCUUCAAAUAGUGGUAUAAGAUCUGUUGUGCUAGUACCCACCAAAGAACUUGCAAAGCAAGCUCAUCGGAACAUUAAGGAAUUAUCCUGUUACUGUUCUCGUGAUAUCAAAGUUGCAGAUGUUGCACAAGGAAAUCUCAGUAGUACCAAGUCACUUUUGAUGGAGUGUCCAGAUAUAGUGGUUGCAACACCAAGUGUGCUACUAGGUCAUGUUCAAGCCAAAAAUAUUGACCUUAAAGCCAGUCUACAGAUGUUAAUUAUUGAUGAAGCUGACCUUGUGUUCUCGUAUGGCUAUGAACAUGAUCUCAAAUCUCUACUGAGCCAUUUUCCAAAGAUUUAUCAAUCAUUCUUAAUGUCUGCAACUUUAAGUGAGGAUGUUACUGCAUUGAAGAAGCUUGUCCUUCACAAUCCGGUCAUUCUCAAGCUUCAAGAGUCACAACUUCCGUCAGAUGACAAACUUACCCAGUAUUUUAUAAAAUGUGAAAUGGAGGAAAAGUUCCUCUUGAUAUAUACCCUGCUCAAAUUAAGGCUUGUUCAAGGGAAGACAAUUCUGUUUGUUAAUGGUAUUGACAGAUGUUACAGACUUAAACUAUUUCUUGAACAGUUUUCAAUCAAAGCCUGUGUUUUAAAUUCUGAAUUACCUCAUAAUUCAAGAUUACAUAUAGUAGAGGAGUUCAACAGAGACAUUUAUGACUACAUCAUUGCAUCUGACGAAAGUGUGUUUGAUGCUGUUGCUACACCAUCUGUAAAUGUUAAGAAAAAGAAAAGAAAGAAGGACAAAGAGUAUGGCGUGUCUCGAGGAGUGGAUUUUCAAGGAGUUGAAAAUGUGAUAAAUUUUGACUUCCCUACAGCUGUUGAUGCCUACAUUCACAGAGUAGGAAGGACUGCCCGUGGUGACAAUGACGGUACUGCGUUGUCCUUUGUGACAGCAAAUGAUUAUAAAAUGCUGAAAAAGGCCGAAGAGGAACUUACGAAGGAGUUUAUAGGAGAGAAAAAAGAAAUUUUUAAACCUUAUCAGUUUAAAAUGGAGGAGAUCGAGGGGUUCAGGUAUCGUGCACAGGACGCACUGAGGGCAGUCACAAAAUCAGCAGUUAAAGAAGCGCGUCUCAAAGAAAUCAAGUCCGAGAUACUGAAUUCUGAAAAACUGAAAGCAUAUUUCGAAGAAAAUCCCAGAGAUCUUCAAGUGCUCAGACAUGACAAAGAUCUACAUCCCACAAGAAUUCAACCUCAUUUGAAAAACGUUCCCGAAUACCUCGUUCCUCCCACUCUGCGGCCAUCCAUGGCCAAAUCUUCCCGAAAGAGAAGACGUCCUUUCAUAUCAUCACAAAAAAAUGCUCACACCGCACACAGCAAGAAGAGAAAGGUGGAUCCUUUGAAGAGUUUUAAAUAUCAGAGACAUCAAUCAAAGGGAAAUAAGGGACACGGCAAGGGUAAGAGAGGAUAGGCAGUCAUCGCUGGACCUCUUCUUUACUUAGAGAGUUGAUUCCCAUGAAGCCCGGGUAGAUUGUUUUUAGCUCCUCGUGGAUCACAGCGCUCAAACAAAGGACAAGUUUGACUAAAAUCAAUGAAAUUCUGCCGUGAGUGGUGAGGUGUAGCUGGCCUGAGUUUACAGCAUAUCCGAGAUUAAUUGAGAGAAAGAAAGAGCCA